UCUCGAUUCCCAACGCCUCUUUUUGGAGUCGACUCCCAGCCCUAGUUCUUUACAACGAACCGACUCACAGCUGUUCACUAUAAUAGGCUCAGUGCGCUUGCGCGUGAAAAUAAACUUCCUUCUGGGAUCCCGUAAAAUGGGGAAAUGAGGGUUCGUUGGUGCUGCUGCAGGUCUUUGGGCCGUGUGCGGACACACUUCAUCAUCGCCUCUAUACUGUUGCUACUUCUGGCCGGAGUCUCUCUGACCUUCUUAUUGCCUAAUAAUGAGGACCACAGCAUUCUCCUCAAGCUCCGUCAGAGCUCUAACAACUCCCUCACUCUGCUAGACCCCGAGGAUAGUUUUACUAUAAUUAUGCAAACCUAUAACCGUACUGAUAUUCUCCUCAAGCUGCUCAACCAUUAUCAGGCUGUGCCUCACCUGCAGUGCAUCAUCAUAGUGUGGAACAACCCUAUGGAGUCACCGCCCAGGGAACUGUGGGACACCCUCGGCCCACACCCUGUGCCCAUCAUCUUCAAAGAGCAGAGCGUCAACAGAAUGCGCAAUCGCCUGCAACCGCACCCCGAGAUCAAGACUGAUGCUGUUUUAAUGCUAGACGAUGACACGUUGGUCAGUGUUCCUGAUAUCAGCUUUGCAUUUUCUGUCUGGAAGCAAUUCUCAGAUCAGAUUGUGGGUUUUGUUCCACGUAAGCAUGUUAGCACAGCAUCUGGAGUGUACAGCUACGGCAGCUUUGAGCUUCAAGAUCCAGACGAAGGUGGAGGCGACAGGUAUUCGAUGAUCCUAGUGGGUGCGGCGUUCUUCCAUCGUCGCUUCCUGCAGCUGUUUCAAGAGCAGCCGGGUGAAGUGCACGCUCUGGUGGACCAAACUCAGAACUGUGACGACAUCGCCAUGAACUUUGCCGUGGCACGUCAACUCUCACAGGCGUCCGGCCUCAAGCGGCCCUCUGGGGUGUUCGUGAAGCCCGUAGACAUGAGGAAUCUGGAGAAGGAAGCCAGCAGCGGGUAUGUGGGCAUGUGGCACAGAGCGGAGCACAUGCUGCAGCGCUCCUACUGCCUCAACAAGCUGACACACAUCUACGGGAGCAUGCCACUCUGCUACUCCAAUAUCAUGAUCUCACAGUUUGGCUUUCCCAGCUAUGCUAAUCACAAGAGCAGGAUAUGAUGUCAGCACAUUUGAGAGACAGAUACGAUCUGAGUUCGGAGAUAUUAGAUCAACUUUUUUGGACUCAUACCAUCUCAAAAUGUACAUCUCUCCUCCAAAACCUGUUUGACUGAAUAAUUUUGCAACAGUAAUAUCUUCGACAUUUACUGAUGGUUUUAUAUACACUGAUGGUGGAUAAUUAUUAUUAUUUUUAAUGUUAUAAGAUAUUCCCUUGCUAUUAUUUGUCUUUCAUACCUCACAUAUGUCCAGUAGAUGAGUGUGAACUUUAGUGCUCCACCUUUAUUAAUGUAGUAAAAUGUAGAUGAAGGUGGUUUCAAGGUUUUUUUUUUACACAUAUUAAGCUGUAUUAUUUUGAGUCAUAAUUAUUAUUAUUAUUAUUAUUAUUAAAAGGGAAAAAUAUAGAAGGAAUUUACUUUUACUAUAUAUAAUUUACUACUCAGAAAUGUAAUUCGAAAUACUACAGCAUCAUAAUAAGUUUAACUGUGACAAAAAUCUGCAAAACCUCAUUAGACCAUCUACAUAUCUCCGUUUUUGUUGUUUAAUUUAGUUUCGAUAUUAACUUAUGAAUAAUUCUGAAUAAAAUCGGAAAAAGGGUAAAAUUUUGUAAUAAUCAGUCAUUUAAAUGUGUGUAUGUUGUUUUUUAUUGUUGUUGUUUUUUACACACCUGUUGUUUUACUACAGGAUCCAGAUUUUUAUUGGAUUUACCAAGUGGCUUAAUAAAAGUAAGCAAAAUGAAAAAUUGAAAUGAAUAUCACUAUAAACUACACAGGAUCUGCUAUAUAAAAUCAUUUAUUUAAUGGUGGCUACAUGGAAAGUAAAAGAAUAAACACUAUAAACAUUGAUUACUGCAAAAAUAACCCAAAUAAAACAUUCCCAAGAAUGUCUUAUCAAAAGUGCCUUCCUGAGAUGGUCUGUGAUAAUGAUUUCUAAUUUAGUCUUGUUUUUAAAGUCAUUUUCACUUCUUUUUGAUAAGGAUGCAGGAAGGGCGACAAAAACUAAUGUGCUUUGUUUACAACUUUAUAAACGCUUCUAAGCAUUAUUGUUUUUGUUGCCCUUCCUGCAUCCUUAUCAAAAUGGGGUGAAAAUUGACUUAAAAGAGACUUAACUAAAAGCCAUCACAGACCAUAUCAGAAAGGCACAUGACAGAUUCCCCGGGACGUUAGAGCUCAGUCAACACCUUCUUAAUUCUAUACAGCCAUUAUAGCCAAAAUGAUGAGAGCAAACAUUAGAAAACUUUCUUUUCUUUUGUAUUUGUUCAAUCAGUCCAGAUUCAGGAUACUGGGUUAUUGAAAGCUUUUGGUAUUUCCACAAUAGCAAUUGAAAUCAAGACCUUCUGAAAUGGCUUUUGUUUGGCUGUUGUUUUGGAGUACAAGAUGCUUACUGUAUUACAUUUCAACAC